GAAUAGAUGCUCUCUGGCUGCGGUGGUCGGCGGGACACUUGCUGUUUUGAGAGAAACAGAGCACGAGGAGAGCAGAAACCCCGCGUGGACCAACAGAACCAGGAGACCCACAGCUCCCACGGAUCCAGCAUGGCCUCCAAGUGUCCCAAGUGCGACAAGACGGUGUAUUUCGCUGAGAAGGUGUCCUCGCUGGGGAAGGACUGGCACAAGCUGUGCCUCAAAUGCGACCGCUGCAACAAGCUGCUGAAUGCAGGAGGCCACGCAGAGCACGACGGGAGGCCCUACUGCCACAAACCGUGCUAUGCUGCCCUCUUUGGGCCAAAAGGUGUCAACAUUGGUGGAGCAGGUUCUUAUGUGUACGACGCUCCAGCCAACAACAACACGUCUCCCACUGGCGAGGACUCAGCCUCUAAAGCUGAGGAGAAGCGCGUGUACGCACCAAAGCAGCCAUCAAAAGCUGGCAGCAUCACCACUUUCUCCGGCGAGGCCAACCUUUGUCCCCGAUGCAACAAGAAGGUGUACUUCGCCGAGAAGGUGACGUCCCUGGGCAAGGACUGGCACCGACCCUGUCUGCGCUGCGAGAGGUGCAGCAAGACUCUGGCUCCUGGCAGCCACGCAGAGCAUAACGGCCAGCCCUACUGCCACAAGCCCUGCUACGCCGUCCUCUUCGGACCCAAAGGCGUCAACACCGGCGGUGUGGGCAGCUACGUCUAUGACAAGGAGCCCAGUGCAGUGACCCAGCCUUGAACCUCUGUCCCCCUCAGCCUCACCCCUCCUCUUCUCAACACAACACUGACCAUCGCCCGCAGUAUUAUGUGCUGAAGUGUUUCUUUCUCCUCCAUACAUGUGCGUUCGUACCUGAGGCAGCUGUCCUGUCGGCUGCGGAUCCCCUCCCUGCUCUUCUCCUGUUCCCCUGGAUCAUAUUAGGCAGCAUGAAUAAAUAUUAACUGAACUCAGAUGCUUCCUACACAGCGGAAAACGCAUCGAAAUUUCCCACAAAACCCCUUUUUUUGUUCCACCCACCAAAACAAAAGUUUUGCCACGUUUGCACUGUUCAUGUAUGUGAGCGCAUGCAAUUUCAUAACAGGAAACUAUUCAGACCCUAAAUUUCAAAAUUUCACCCAGCAAAACUUGAAUCUGUCCUUAAGGUUACACAAGGAUGAAUGUGAGGAAAUAAAAAUCAGACGAUAAGGGGUUCUCGGGUGCGUCUUUACUGCUGCCUGAUGACAGACUGAGAAAUUCAACCUGGGAGCCUGUUGCACGCACAGAUGGUGUUCAGGAAUGGAGCGCUAUAUCGAUAAAUCUCUAUUUUAGAAAGGCUGUAUUUGUAGUUUGACCAUCUGACCACAUUCCUGCUGUGAGGGGAAUGAAGUCUGAACAUAUUGUAAAAAGGUGGGGGGGAGAAAGCAUUUCACACGUGACUCUUACCUGUCACAUAUGGUGCAAAACAAGAGUUUUGUUUUAAUUUCACUUGGGGAGAAUAAAGCCAACUACCAAGG